GAUAACGCAGGUGAGGUGGAGCCGCUACGCCCCCGAAUUCAGGGAUCCCCUGGUUGACAAGGAGCAUCACCGCAAGCCUGUGGCGGAACUCACCGAAGAGGACAAAUAUGACCAGGAGCUCAGGAAAACGCAGCUCUUCAAAGCCGCCGCCGCGACCCAGACGAGCUCCGUGUUUGCCGACCCUGCCAUCAGCAAGUUUACCAACAUGAUGAUGAAAGGAGGCAACAAAAUACUGGCCAGAUCCCUCAUGGCCCAGACCCUGGAAGCCGUGAAGAGGAAGCAGUUUGAGAAGUACCGAGCUGCCUCUGCAGAGCAACAGGCCACCAUUGAACGGAACCCCUACAGGAUCUUCCACCAGGCCCUGAAAAACUGUGAGCCUGUCAUCGGCUUGGUGCCUAUCCUCAAAGGGGGCCAUUUCUACCAGGUCCCUGUGCCUCUCACUGACCGACGGCGCCGCUUCCUGGCUAUGAAGUGGAUGAUCACAGAGUGCCGGGACAAUAAGCCUCGGCGGACGCUGAUGCCGGAGAAACUGUCAGACGAGCUGCUGGAGGCGUUUCAUAACAGGGGUGCCGUCAUCAAGAGGAAACACAACAUGCACAAGAUGGCAGAGGCCAACCGUGCCCUGGCCCACUACCGCUGGUGGUAGCAGAACAGAGAGAUGGAGAAAGUCCACGUCACUGCCACAAGAAACCAGAGAGGCUGCAGAGAUGGCUCAGUAGUUAAGAGCACUGGCUGCUCUUUCAGAGGACCUGGCUGGAUUCCCAGCACCCACAUGGAGGCUCACUGUAACUCUGGUUCCAGAGAAUUUGGCACCAUCUGACUGUUGCAGGCACCAGACAUGCGCAGUACUCAGACAUACAUGCGGGGAAAAUGUCUACACAUAUACUACUACUAAUAAAGUGAUUUUAAAAAGAAAGAAGCAAGUUGA